AAUGAUAAUAAGAAAGUAAAUAGCUUAUGGAGUAAGGUAAAAAAAGCAUCAUCAGCACUACCAUUACCGUCGUCGUCAUCAUUAGGAAAGAGACGAAAUACUGAAGAUAUAACAAAAUCUUUACUGGAGAAAAAACAACGUAUAAUUCCGAAAAUGAAUUUCUUUUUUCCUAAUGACGAUAUACCUUUGCAAGUCAAUUAUUCAAUAAAUGUUCUUGAG